AUGACGCAAAUCAAAUCGGGCCCUGAUCUGAACCGGAUUCCACUUUUUCACAUAUACCCAAUCGAUAAAACCACAAUGGCCCCUCGCUGCUUCAUCAUCCGCCACGGCGAAACAGAAUGGUCACUCAAUGGCCGACACACCGGUCUGACAGAUCUGCCCUUAACCGCGAACGGCGAGAAGCGCAUCGCAGCAACUGGAAAGGCUCUUGUCGGGAAUGAUAGACUGGUUGUUCCUAAGAAGCUGGUUCAUGUCUUUGUCUCACCCCGCACCCGCGCCCAGCGCACCCUAGAACUCCUCGAGAUCGGCUGCAAGGAACGGUUGCCUUGGAAUGAGCAGCGGAAGCCGGAGGACGAGGAGCCGAUCCGGACUGAGGCUAAGGUCGAGGUUACGGAGGCUAUUCGGGAGUGGGAUUAUGGGGACUAUGAGGGGUUGACGAGUAAGCAGAUCCGUGAGCUGCGGGCUGAGAAGGGGGAAGGACCGUGGAAUAUUUGGACUGAUGGGUGUCCCGGUGGAGAAUCCCCCGAAGACGUCGUCCGUCGCCUCGACGCUCUGAUCGAUGAAAUCAGGAACAAAUACCAGCGUCCCUGCUUCGAGAACCCGGAUGAAUCCAAGGGUGAUGUCUUGGUCGUUGCGCACGGCCACAUUUUGCGUGCUUUUGCCAUGCGUUGGACUGGCAAGCCGUUGACGGAGACGUCAUUGAUUCUUGAGGCUGGUGGUAUUGGUACACUCAGUUAUGAACACCAUAGCAUUGACGAGCCAGCCAUCAUUCUCGGUGGUCAAUUCGUGGUGGAGUAA